AUGACUAUACUCGAGGUGCUUCAAAACCCCCGGGCGAAUCCGAUUCCCUUCGUCCUUUGUCUUCUGCCUGUCGUUGUCCUGGCAGUGCAUGUUGUACCGUACUUGGUCGACGAACAUGGUCUUCGCCAAUAUCCUGGCCCUUUCCUUGCGAAAUUCACGGAUUUUUGGCUAUUCUGGGUGGCCAGUAAGUCCAGGAGGACAGACGCUAUCAAUGAACUGCACCAGAAAUACGGACCUUUCGUGCGCAUUGCGCCGAACCAUGUUUCGGUUGUUUCCCCCGGAGCGAUCUCAGCGGUGUAUGGCCAUUCCACCGGCACGAUGAAGUCAGCUUUCUAUGACGCAUUUCUGUCUCUCCGCGCUGUAUGUGGGAUAUUCCACACGCGCUCCCGCACCGAACAUUCUCGUAAGCGCCGCGUCAUGGCCCACAUGUUUUCCCCGCAGAGCGUGCGCGCCUUCGAGCCCCGGGUCAAAGGUCAUCUACAAACUUUGUUGAACCAGUGGGACGUCAUGUGCAGCAAGGUAGGGGCCAAGGAUGAAGUGAAGGCUGGCACCCUGGGAUCUAGUACGUGGGAGGUGCACGACGGCUAUGUCUGGUUUGAUGUUAGGUUUUGGUGCAAUCUGUUCACGUUUGACGUCAUUGGCGAGCUCGCCUUCGGCUCUCCUUUUGACAUGCUUCUGCGGGGUGAGGACACUGCCAAGAUAGCGAAGUCUGCCAAAGCCGGUAUGGCCUCCUAUGGUCUCACCGAUGCUGCGAAGCAACCUGUGGCUCAAUAUGAGGUCGAAGAAAUCGCUGCCAUUGAGUUGGUUACCGCGCGCACGGAGUUUGUCCCCGCUCUCGCGGUGCUUCCCGCGUACAUGCGCGAGUUCAUGAAGCGCAUGCCGCAGUACCAUCGCGGCGGAAAGGCGCUGGGCCAGAUGAUCGGCAUGGCGGCGGAUGUUGUCUCGCGGCGCCUUGCCGCCGCCCGAGAUGCGGAAAAUGACGCGAAGAUUUUUGACGAUAUGUUUGGGAGACUGUUGAACGGCCGGGACGAAAAUGGGAACCCAAUGAGUCCGCAAGAGCUGACUGCGGAGGCCAUUACGCUGCUAAUCGCAGGAUCCGAUACAACUUCCAAUUCGAUGUCGGCUAUAAUAUUCUACAUUUCCCGCGAUCAAAAGGUGCAGAAGAAACUCCAGGUCGAACUCGACGCUGCGGCCAGCGCAGACACUACCAGUAUUCUGCCUUUCGAUGACGCCAAAUCCUUGCCGUACCUCGAGGCUGUCGUCAACGAGGGCCUCCGCCUGUUCUCUCCAGUUGGUCUUGGUCUUGGUCGUGUCGUGCCCGAAGGCGGUAUCACGGUGCUCGGUCAGAAUUUCCCUGCAGGAACAGAGAUCAGCGUGCCCCUGUACAGCGUGCACCACUUGGAGGAAGUGUGGGGUGCGGACGUGGAGAAGUACCUCCCCGAGCGCUGGCUGAACGCUGAGAAACGGGGAGAGAUGAUGAAGGCGUUCAACCCGUUCUCCUUCGGACCGAGGGCCUGCAUAGGGCGCAACGUUGCCAUGUUGGAGAUCACAUUGGUCAUCGCCGCCGUCUUCCGUCGCUACGAUAUUGUCGUGCAGCCGGGCCAAGUGCUCGAAGUGCACGACAAUUUCGUUCGCAAGCCGCAUAAGUUCGUGGUUGGGAUCAAGCGUAGAGAUAUAUGA